UGCUCUUCUGGGCAGCAAAAACAAUGUAGUGUGGAUGCUCUACUAGCUUCUAGAUCUCUUCAACACACGGGGGAAGAUGGAUUCACAGAAGGCAUGCAGGGAUGCAUGCGCCCCUUCAUGCAUGGCCGCAUGCAUCAUGCAUGGACUGGACCGAUUCAAUAGGAGGACCAUCAAUCUUUCCUGCCAUUAUUUUCGCGUUCUCCUUCUUUCCCCAUUUUUCCUCUCCUCUUUUUGGUCCGCCACCCCUACUAGAUUGACAAAAAACAAAACAAAUAUUUCCCUUUGUUCUCAUAAUCUUUUUCUGGUAGCUCCGGCGAGUUCUGCUCCUCUCUAGUAGAGGAUGUGCUCGGGAUGCUAGGUUUCAGUUUCUAGAUUGAUUAGGAACAUAUACGUACAAUGCAUUGAGCUUUUGAUCUUCCAUUCAUUCAUGUUUUUGUCUUCGAUGGUUUCUGACUCCUCCGGCCCGGCGAUGCGUGGGAGGUAGGCGACGAGAUCAUCCGCCUCUCUCCCCCUCUUCUCGAUCUCGAUCGCAUGUAAGCUUUGAGAAGAGGAAGAGGAGGAGAGAGGAGAGGUGAGGCGGAUCAUUUCACCGGUUCGUCGAUCGAUCGAUGGCUGUGGAGGCGCCUCAGCCUGAACAAGCAGCGGGUGAAUCCUUGGAGCAGGGUGCGGCGGCGGGCGGCGGCAGACUGAAGAAGGGCCCGUGGACGCCGGAUGAGGACCAGCUGUUGGUGGAGCACGUACGGCGGCACGGGGAAGGGAGCUGGAACGCGGUGCGGCGGGAGACGGGGCUGCUGCGCUGCGGCAAGAGUUGCCGGCUCCGGUGGGCCAACCACCUUCGCCCCAACCUCAAGCGUGGCCCCUUCUCGCCGGAGGAGGAGCGCCUCAUCCUCCGCCUCCACGCGCUCAUCGGCAACAAGUGGGCGCGCAUCUCUGCACACGUGAGUACCACCGGUCAUUCGAUCCCUUUACCCCACCUCGCCAUUAGAAUUUCUUGCCUACCAUUGCAUUCGAUUCUAUCGAUUGCCUGGUGCUCGAUCUGCGUCUGCAUGCAGCUGCCGGGGAGGACGGACAAUGAGAUCAAGAACUACUGGAACACGCGGUUGAAGCGGCGGAAGCGCGCCGGCAUGGCCCUGUACCCGCCGGAUGUCGAGCGGGAGGUGGCGCUCGUCCGCGCCGGCAAGCUGAGGCCCAUCGUCGACGCCGACGGCAACGCCAGCAGCCUCCAAGCACCGCUCCUCCUGGACGCGGCCGCGGACCAGUUCGCCUGGCCGGCUGCGCCGCCGUUCCACCCCGCCUACAACAACGUCGCUCCUCCGCAGCCUUUCCAAUUUACCGGCAACAUUAGCCACAACCCGCAGGCCCUCCUCGCAGCGCAAGUACCGUACCUCCACCACGACGAGGUUUCCGCCGGCCUCGGCCACGCCAACAAGCUUUACGCCGACGCACCGGGGAUGCCACCGUUGGUGCCCCCCGCUGUACAGGAGCUCCCUUCGAACCAAUCUCCCGCGGACGCCGGCGGGCCGCUCGAGAUGCUCGUCCUCGAGCAGGACCAGCGGCUGCCCGGCGCCGCCCUGCUCCGCGUUACGUCCAUGCCGGAGCUGGUCUACAACGAGAACGACUACUCCGCGUGGCCGUCCGGCCUCAGCGGUGGCAGUGGCAGCCGAUCCGAAGGCGACGUGACCUCGCAUUAUGGCGGGAAAUGCGACUGCUUCGGUGAGUUGGGCGCAGAUGGCGUGAAGCCUGCGAAGAGGAUGGCCGCGAGCUUGGUGGUGGCAGAGGAGGAGGUGUCCGGCCUGUUCGGCGGCGAAGAUUUGGUGGAGGUGUGGCCUGACAAGCCGCCGGAGUCGAUCACGAAAGACGACUUCAACCUCCAGAUGGAGAUGCAGCACCUCAUGCCCCCCGUGCCGCUCUCGGCUGACGAACACGGCUUGAAUUAAUUAGCACAACGCCGCUUCGCGAACAAAACUGGAACAGUUCAAAAGGACAAGGGAUUUAAAAGAAAAAAAAAUAGUGUACUACUGUAGUAAAAAAAUCAGUUAAGGCCCAUCAUGAAAAUGUUUGUCUUUGUCUUUAUGCAACAAGAGAUGGA